AUGUCCACCGACCACCACCGCAAAAUCGAACUCCAAUCGCCCGCGGACUUCACCUACCUCUACGCCAACACCGUCGCGCUCUCACGAGCAAAACUCGACCUCCACCUGCCCCCGUCCGCGAACCCCAACGAUGGACCGGAUCCAAUGCGCGAGCGAGUGCGAGAAUUAGUCGAUGAGUACAUAAACCGCACCUUCAACUCCGCCUCCCCCUCCAUAAGCAUCAACGGUCUCGACUCCACAUCCCCGGAAUGGCCCUUCCCCGCGGCCUUCACAGCCCCCACAGAACAAGUGGAAUACGAAGCGUACGACGGAAAACUAGCAUCGCGGGUAACGUCUCUGUAUGCGCAAUUGGAGUCGUUGACGACGACGGUGGCGCAAUUGAGACGGGAUGCGCCGGGCCGGGCGGCGAAGGCGUAUGCGGAGCAGUUGAGGAGGGCGUUGAGGGAGGAUGAACAGGAAACAGAAGAGGAGGAGGAGGAGGAGGAGGAGGAGAUGAAGGAGGAGGAAGAUGAAGAAGGGCAGCAGCAACAGGGUGGGGACCAGGAUACGGAGAUGACUGAUGCUGGGAGCACAACGGCAAGUACACAAAGGAAAGGGCCGAUGACGAGAUCGCGGGCGAAAUUGGAGGUUUCGCUGGGGACGGAGAAUGAGGCGGAGAGGUGGCGGAGUGGGGAGAUGGCGGAGGUGUAUGAGGAUGCGUUGCGGACGUUGUUGCGGCUUCAAGGUGAGGGGGUAUCUGGGGCGGAGGUGGAUUCGAGUGGUGAUGGGGCGGAUGGGAAUGCUCUUUCUUCGACGCUGGGGAAGGCCGAGAGGGCUGGGCGGGCUGUCGAGGUGGUGGAGAAGAAGAAGGAUAAGAAGAAAUGA